CUUUUUCUAGCCUGGACGGUCGACAGGAAGAUCAAUCAGCAAGAGAACUACUACAGAGACAAGGUGCAGCAACGCAGCCGACAGUAGUUCCUGUUCCAGUAGUUAAGACUUACCGUUGUAAUCAUUCUCCCAUUUUGACAUAGUGGGGACCUCUUGGAAAUCAUGUCGCUUAUUCUUUUUAAGGGAUAAACGGUUCCAAGAUGAAUGCUAAGAUACUGGAAUCCUAACCCAGCUGAAACGACUAAUAUAUACCCCUUGAUGCUGGGUACAUCUCUACCAUCUUCAUCAUAGGGUUACAGAUUGAUUUGGUUGAGAUCUAAGAUAACGACACCAAGCGCGUCGAGAAGAAGCAGCUCGUCUUCAACGACACCGUAUUACUACAAAUGGAUUCGCAUCAAAGAAGGAGAGCGUGAUAAGGUGAUUAAAUUUCAGAAAGUCUUGGGGAAUAUCUACAAUCGUUCGUCGGAAAAGAAUAAAGAUUAUGGUGGGCAGCUUUUACUCCAAUCGAUCUCAACAUCAUCUCUUCGCUACUACCCUGUUCUUCAUCCCAUAGAGGAAGAAUUCCAGGAAAAAGGGGUCGGGUGGAUGAGGGGUCCGAGGAGAUUAAUAAAGGCUGACGCUUCUAACCUGAUUAAGGCUACCGCUGAAGCAUUCUCAGCACCAUCCCUGGCUUCUUUUUCAAGGGGAAAAAGGGCUCAGGGAUGGACUCAAGGAUGCGACGCUUGAGGAUGCUAACCUGAGCUUGAGGAUACUCGCGUUGAUGUGGGAGAUAAAGUGGUGGCUGUGAAAUGCGAUAAGAAGAUCCAUUUUCUGCAUGCAAACCGAACCGGCCAAGAACUGGCUCUCUUAGUGGUUCGUAACAAUAUCAGGGGAAAGAUUAAGGCUCAACUUUCAAUGGUCACAGAAACACUGUCAGACCACGUCUCUACGGUCACUAUGAAAGGUGAUAACAGGGACAUUAGCAUGCAUUGGAGUUGGUCGCUGAGAUCGAAGAGGCGCGACCCCUUGAGAGGGAAAAGGGGAGAAGGGAAAGGGGAGAGCUUUGAAGGGGGUCCCUUCCGUUCAGAGUCAUGAUGACCAUUGAAGGCUGAGCUUUAAAAAGAAGAGAGCGUUGAGAAAUCGAGCAAAAAAUGCGGCUGCUGAUGGUGAUGCUGAUGGUGUCCUCGCAACCACGGGGAAGCAAGGACCACAAGGACCAACGACCACCGAGAAUCCUACUAACGUAGUCACAGCCCCCAGUGAGUACGAGUACGACGCUGAUUUGGCUAGUGCAGUUCUUGGAUAUCAACAAG